AUGUGGGCCACCUCAAGAUCUCUAACGGAAAUUAGGAUGGGAUGGCGACCAAUCGAACUCGUCGACGAGUUUUCUGACGUAGGAUGCAUGCCAAAACUUAGCAGCAGCUAUGAGGUUGACAUAGAAAUGCACCUGUUAUGCUUUCAACUUCUUGACCGAGUUCUCGUGGUCGACACCCGUCUCCAAAACGAAGUUGAACUGCGAAUCUACUCAUCCUGUUCGCCCUACCAUGACGUAUUGGAGACUUCGGCAACAGAAUAA